AUGGGAACAAAGUUUAGAGCAGCAGUUAUCACUCUUUUUCUUUCAUCACUCCUUCUUCCGCUGGUGUUUUCUGAAUCCAACGAUGGAUUCGUGAGAGUUGAACUGAAAAAGUUUAAGUUAGAUGAAAACAAUCGGAACGCUGAUCGACUUACCAGGCAAAUACUGGAUUCUAAAAUUGCUCGCGGCAUUGUAAGGCUAAAGAACUACCAGAACAUGCAGUACUAUGGUGAGAUUUCAAUCGGUACACCACCACAGAAAUUCACAAUGGGUUUUGAUACAGGAAGCUCUAAUUUGUGGAUAACUUCCUCAAAGUGCUACUUUUACCGUGCAUGUUAUUAUCAUUCCAAAUACUAUGCUCGUCGAUCAAGAACAUAUAAAGCGAACGGAACAUAUGCUAUGGUAGGCUAUGGUAAAGAUUCAAUAUCUGGCAAGAUUAGCCAAGACAAUGUUUUAGUUGGUGGUUUAACAAUUAAGAAUCAGGACUUCAUCGAAGCAACAAAACUGUCCGGUCCUGAGCAUAAGAAUACCAAGUAUGAUGGCCUUCUUGGCCUUGGAUUUCAGGAGAUAUCAUCUGGACGUGUUGUUCCAAUAUGGUACAACAUGAUGAACCAGGGUCUGGUUCAGAAUCCAGUGUUCUCACUUUGGCUUAAUAGAAACACAGAAGAAGAGGAAGGAGGUCAAGUUGUGUUUGGUGGGAUUGAUCCAAAGCAUCACAAGGGGGACCAUACUUAUGUCCCUGUGACCCGCAAGGGUUAUUGGGAGUUUGAUAUGGGUGAUGUCUCUGUCAACGGUAAACCAAUAGGUGUUUCUGGUUUUUCUGCAAUGGUGGAUUCUGGAACUUCUUUGUUGUUAGGUCCAACUGUUGUGAUUACCAUGUUAAACCAUGCAAUUGGAGCCGAAAGAGAAGAUAACCCUAAAUGCAAGUCAAUUGUAAGAAUGUAUGGAAAAACCAUUUUGAACAUGCUCCUAGUAAAGGAGAAACCUAAGAAAAUUUGUCCCCUAAUUGGAUUAUGUCGAGUUGAUGGAAAGAAAAGUAAUAAUAUAAGAACAUUUCAGUGCAAUACUUGUGAAUUGAUAGUUGUGUGGAUGGAGAGUCAGUAUAAGAGGAAUCAUACAGAAGACUGUAUUUUAAACUACAUUGAUCAGCUAUGUGAUUCGAUGCCAGCAAGGCAGCCAUCACUUGUGAAUUGUUUGCAAAUUUCCUCCAUGCCUAUAGUUUCAUUUUUAAUUGGUGGUAGAAAUUUUACACUCUCACCUAAGGAGUAUGUAUUGCCAAUUGGAGGAAUUGCUUGCAUAAGUGGUUUUUCAUCCUUUGAUAUUGCUCCUCCUCUGGGACCUAUCUGGACUUUGGGGAACGUAUUCAUGGGUCGUUACCACACAGUAUUUGACCAUGGAAAAAUGAAAGUUGGAUUUGCAGAUGCAGCAUAA